AUGGCGGCUCAUCAGCAAGCGCAGUACCAAGCUCAGGUACCUCAACACCAAACCGUUGGCCAACAGCGCCAAGUCCCGACUGGACAACAGCAACAGCAGGCCUUUGGACAGGCUCAGCAAAGGCCAGCGCAAUCUCAGCAACACCCUCUGAAUCCAUACGCCAACUACGACCCUCAAUUAGCAUCUUUCAUCUUGGAGAAACCGAAACAUGCUACUUCCUGGGAGGAUGCCGAGCCCGAGAGACAACAUGUUGCACUUCAAGAGCUCCAGAGUGAGCUUCACAAGUUCCGUCGAAACCAUGGCAACGUCAAGAAGAACAUGAAUGACAUUCCCUCCCCAAAUUGUCGCCGGAUCAUCAACGAGCUCGUCGAGGACCAGAACGUUGAACUCGCGAAGUACAAUCGUUCGAUCCAGUAUAGGAUCGCAAGCGUUGUCAACAAAUGGCGAUCAGUCAACCGUCGCGAACGUCAGCUCGUGCGUGUAGACAUCAUACUGGAGACCGAACCUUCCGGAUUUCAAGAGCCUAUGCAAGCGAAGAUCAUGGUUCCAGGUGGCCCUCAAGAUCCGAACAAGGUCAAGCAGGUGAAUCCUCAGAACCAACAUUUCCCGAACCAACCCAACCCUGGCCAGAACGCGGGCCAGCAACAGCAGCAAAGACCUGCGCAGCAGCAGCAGCAUCAUCAUCAUCAACAACAGCCACAGCAGCAUCCAGGUCAUGGCAACAUCAACCAAGGGCCCAUCCCUGGAAAUCCACCUCCGCCUCCGCCACCCCCAGGUGUGCUACACGAUAUGGGCGGGCCUCCGCACCCACCCGUCAAUGGCGGAGGUCGACCCAUGCCAGGGCCCAUGCAACACCCACAGCCCCAUCAUCCGCCCAAUGGUCAACAUCCUAUGCCUGGGACGUUUCCAGAACAAUUGCCAAUGCCACCGCAUCAUAUGAGGCACAAUCAAGGCCGGCCAAUAGAGGUGCUGAACCCUAAUCACCAUCGACAUCAGAAGCCAAGACGCAAAAACCAUCGCGAUACUUCCAGCUCGUCGUCUGAUAGUGAAUCUUCGUGGGAAGAUGAGUCUGAGGACUCCAGCUUUGUCAACAUCGAGCACGAUGAUCAUAUCGAUGCUGGUCGACGCGAACGUGGACGUCAGCGACACUUCAAGAAGCCGAAGAAGAGCCAGAAACACCGAUCACUCAGCAAAGCUAGAGGUCUUAGUCGCAGUCGUAGUCGGAGCCGAAGUCGUGCACGUAGAAACAAUGUCGACCCUUAUUCUCCAAAAGUUACCCGCCGACGCCGAGCCUCUGAUCUAAUUGAUGAUCCUCGCAAUGGUAGACUCAGUCCAGAGUCUUUCACUACCGACUCUUCUCGGGGCUCUCACAACAAGAUUUCAGGUCACAUACCACCUGUUCACAUCCACCUGAACACCAAUAACGUUGUGGAAGACCGUACACGCAACGGUAAUGCUCCACCAAAUGACCUUUACAAUGGAAAGAGGAAGUCAGGAAAGCAAUACACUGCACAUGGCAUGGCUCGUGAGAGCUCCAGCUCAUCGUUGGAACGUGGAAGUGGGACCGAGUCUAUGAAUACUACAUCUGCCCACACAGCGGAUGACGGUGUCUGGGACAGGCCUAUCCGUCGCCGCCCUUCCUUCAAGCAUGUGCAUAGUCGCCGUAAGUCGCCUUAUAGAGGCAAACCACAAACUGUGCUCGAUCAGCCGCACCCCAGCCACAUCUACGAUGAUGAGAUCGACCACCGUGGGGCACAGAAGAUCAGGUAUCCCGACGAGCUCGUAGACGACUAUCCACAUCCCCGCAGCCCUCGCGUACACAUGCGCGAGCCCGAAUCAUACUUCGAUGACCAUGCAGCGCAUGCUAUCCGUCCUAACAUGCACCACCGUCGUGCCACCAUGGCCAACCUACCUAACGCCCAUAACCCCUUUGCGCAAACGCACUUCCCACCCAAACCACUUCGCGCCUCGUCAUACCUUGCGGACAGACAUGGAUCAGGAUACAGCUUUCCUCAGCAACGGGCGCUCACAGACCGAGAGGAGCCAGAUGAGCGGUUUGGGCUGAGUGAUAUCCACGCGGCUCUUGAGCAUAUCCAAGAGAAGAAGGAUAUGAGAUAUUCGAUGAGGCGGCCGAAUGUAAUGGGUAGGAGGGACUCCGCGCUACCGUAUGAGGAUGAGUGGAAUAUUAGAGUACCUCUAGGUGGUCGUCGUGGAGGCUAUGAGAGGUACUAG